AUGGUUAAGGAUACUAAGUUGUACGACACGCUGGGUGUGUCGCCUGGUGCGAGCGAUGCAGAGAUCAAGAAGGCGUACAGGAAGAGUGCGUUGAAGUACCAUCCGGACAAGAACCCUUCUGAGGAGGCUGCUGAGAAGUUUAAGGAGGUUUCCAGUGCUUAUGAGAUUCUUUCAGACUCGCAGAAGCGUGAGGUGUACGACCAGUUCGGUGAGGAAGGUCUGAGCGGAAACGGUGGUGCCGGUUUCCCAGGCGGCUUCGGUUUUGGCGAGGACAUCUUCUCGCAGUUCUUCGGCGGUGCCACCGGUGGCAGGCCUAGAGGUCCUCAGCGUGGUAGGGACAUCAAGCACGAGAUGGCUGCCUCUCUGGAGGAGCUUUACAAGGGUAGAACCGCCAAGCUGGCGCUGAACAAGCAGAUCUUGUGUAAGAGCUGUGAAGGUAGAGGUGGUAAGGAAGGCGCUGUCAAGAAGUGUAGCAGCUGUAACGGUCAAGGUAUCAAGUUCGUCACCAGACAGAUGGGUCCUAUGAUCCAGAGAUUCCAAACCGAGUGUGACGUGUGUCACGGUACAGGUGAUAUCAUAGACGCCAAGGACCGUUGUAAGUCUUGUAACGGUAAGAAGGUCGACAACGAGAGAAAGAUCCUUGAGGUCCGUAUCGAGCCAGGUAUGAAAGACGGCCAGAAGAUCGUCUUCAAAGGUGAAGCCGACCAAGCACCAGAUGUCAUCCCUGGUGAUGUCGUCUUCGUGAUCAGUGAAAAGCCACACAAGCACUUCCAAAGAGCCGGUGACGACUUGAUCUACGAGGCCGAGAUCGACCUACUAACCGCUUUGGCCGGUGGCCAGUUCGCCCUGGAACACGUUUCCGGUGACUGGUUGAAGGUCGAUAUCGUUCCAGGUGAAGUUAUCGCCCCAGGUGCCCGCAAGAUCGUCGAAGGUAAAGGUAUGCCUAUUCAGAAAUACGGUGGUUACGGUAACUUGUUGAUCAAGUUCAACAUCAAGUUCCCAGAAAACCACUUCACAUCCGAAGAAAACUUGAAGAAACUGGAAGAAAUCUUGCCACCAAGAAGACAAAUCAACAUACCUGCCAAGGCCCAAGUCGAUGACUGUGUUCUAAGCGAAUUCGACCCAUCCAAGUUUGGUCAAUCCAAUGGUAGAAGCGGUGCAAACUACGACUCUGACGACGAGGAUGCCCACGGUGGUGAAGGUGUUCAAUGUGCAUCUCAAUGA